CAAUAUAUCUAUAUUAACCCCGUCGUCCAAUCCAACUUCGUCAUUCCAUCCGAUAGCCCUGGAUCGAUCGACUGUCUCCAUCGAUCAUGAGCUCCACUCGCUACGCAUGGCUCCAGAAGGAGAAGCCACAACCCGAACAACAAGCACCUCUUCUCCUCCCCACUAAAGAAAUCCCCGGCAGCUACGGCAUACCCUUCAUCUCCCCCAUCAAAGACCGCCUCGACUACUACUACUUCAAAGGCCAUGACAAAUUCUUCCAGUCAAAAAUCGACCAGUACUCCUCCACCGUCUUCCGCACCAACAUGAUUCCCGGCCCAUUCAUGGCCUCCGACCCCCGCGUCAUUGCCGUUCUCGACGCCAAGAGCUUUCCCAUCCUCUUCGACACCUCCAAAGUCGAGAAAAAAGACGUCUUUACGGGCACCUACAUGCCCUCCACCAAACUCACCGGCGGCUACCGCGUCUGCUCCUACCUCGACCCCUCCGAACCCUCGCACACGAAAGUCAAGCAAUUCCUCUUCAACCUCCUCAAAUCCCGCAAGGACUACUUACUCCCCGCCUUUCGCUCCGCCUACGCCGCCCCAAUCUUCUCCUCCGUCGAAACCCAAGUCGCCUCCCACGGCCAGGCGAACUUCAACGAUCUCAACAACGACAUCGCCUUCGAUUUCCUCGGCAAGGCUUAUUUCGGCAAGAGCCCCUCUGAUGUGGGCGCGGCCGGGCUGCAGAAAAAGGUGACGAUUUGGCUCUUGCUUCAACUUGCCCCCCUUGCCAGCAACGUUUUGACAAAGCUCCACGUUCCGAAGCUCGUUGAAGAUUUUCUCUUGCACACCUUUGCUUUGCCGUCGUUCAUAGCCAAACCAGGUUACAAAAGCAUGUACGAUUACUUCAACACGGCUGGAUCUGCGGCGCUGGAUUUGGCGGAGAAGGUUGGGCUGUCGCGCGACGAGGCUUGUCACAAUCUGAUCUUUGCGACUUCUUUCAACACCUAUGGUGGGUUGAGGGUGCUGUUUCCUGGGCUGCUGACGAGGCUGGCGCAGUCGGGGCGGGAUUUGCACGGGCGGCUGGCGACGGAGGUGCGGCAAGCGGUGGCGAGCCAUGGGGAGAACGGGCAGGUGACGUUGGGGGCGCUGGAGCAGAUGGAGCUGGCUAAGUCGGUUGUCUACGAGGUGCUGAGGAUUGAUCCGCCGGUGGAGUUCCAGUACGCGCAUGCUAAGAAGGAUUUCCUGCUGCAAAGCCAUGACGCGCAGUUUCAGGUGCGCAAGGGUGAGAUGCUGUUCGGCUACCAGCCUUUCGCCACCAGAGACACGCGCGUGUUCGGAGCCAACGCCGGCGAGUUCGUCCCCGACCGCUUCGUGGGCCCCGACGGCGCCAAGCUCCUCCGCUACGUGUGGUGGUCCAACGGACCCGAGACCGAGGAACCGACCGUCAACGACAAGCAGUGCGCCGGAAAGAACUUCGUCGUGCUCGUCGCCCGCCUCUUCGUCGCCGAGUUCUUCCUCAACUACGACUCUUUCACCGCUGAAAUUUCCGGCUCUCUGGUCGGCUCGCAGGUCAACAUCACUUCUCUCACUAAAGCCAAGGCCAAAGCAGGUAAUUUUUAUUAAUUAAUUAGUGAGAUAAUGGGCUUUUCUGUGCUGUGAUGUAAUGAAAUGGUUGUUAAGUCUUGCUAUGGGGUCGUUAUUAUAAUAUUUUGAGUUUUAAGCUGCUUGAACAUGUUUCUGAUGUGUAAUAAAGAUAUGCUAGUUUGCAUAUUCGAGAGGGUUCAUUAAGGAAAAAAAAAUCUUGGGUUGCAAAAA